GCAAUUUACAGGUAUGUUUUUUUGCAGGAAUUUUGGAAGCAUAUGUGAUGCGGCAGAUAUAGAAGGCUCUGGAUAGAUUAUGUUUCUAAAUGCGCCAGGUGCCUUGAGCAUCUUAGUUGGCGUCACUAACAAUAGUCCACUGGUCCUACUUCUAGCCGAAAACGUUGGAAAGGUCUCACCAUACGCGCUCUGACCGCAGCACAGCACGACUGGUCUUCGCUUUCAGCGCACCUGCACAUCCAACCAUGGAUGGGGACUUUAUGUUAACGAGAGGAUAGUUAAGAACACAAUUAUUAAAAUCCUGCAGAAAUUUCAGUCGAUGACUGCUGUGGUGGUAGCAUAGCAACAACACCCAAGAAUCAGAGAAACAUCAGCAAUCUUACCCACUGCCUUGCAAGCUCAAAACUCUCUGUUAGAAACUCGGCGCGCUGCUCGCUGGAAAGACACUCCCUGGAGAGGAGCGCGAGUACGCCGAAUAAAAGGGAUACGCUUUUCACCCAGAUGCAGGAUGACUUGGAAAAGCUUGAGCCUCGAUGAAAACUACAGCGCCUAGUGACUGUGACUGGUUGUCCUUGCUGAAGAUCGCUAAACCUUUGCCAAAAUGGAAUUACAUGGAAUGAACAGAGUUUCCUUUUACGACAUGAGAUAUCCGCGCCCAGGAAUCUAAACUUUAUUUUAGUGUUUAAGAUGUGGUUGUUUUUGGCUGUCUUCUAUGGAUGAGUGAGUGAGCUGUCCGUCCAUCCGUUGCAUCCCAACCAUGAUCGCCACCGGAGGCCUGCUGCGGAUCAACAGGAGGCAGGACUCACUGCGCUCCAAGAGCCGCGCCGAGAACAAGCGCAAGAGGAAAGCCAAGAAGAAGCAGAAGAACGAGGUGGUGGUGGUCAAGGGCAAGCUGAAUCUAUGCUCCAUCUCGGGGGUAGUGGCGGCCAUUGGGAUUCUGAUCCUACUGGUGGGCAUUUCCAUGGCCAUACUGGGCUACUGGCCUAGGGAGAGCCCACUAUACCCUGCGCCGCGCAAUACCCAAAGGAUUUACGACAAGAAGGAAGAGUCAAGGCUGACAGGCAACUGGACAAACAACGCAAAGGGCGGAUUUCACAUGGAUAGGGAUUUGGUCAGUAACAAUCGUUCCAACGGCACAGGUUUAGAGCAGCCUCCUAUGGGCUUCCUGGCCGAGUUCUUGGAUAAUUACCUGUACUCAGACAAGCUGAAGGUGUUCGGGCCCCUCAUCAUGGGCAUUGGCAUCUUUCUGUUCAUCUGCGCCAACGCAGUGCUGCACGAGAACCGCGACAAGAAGACCAAAGUCAUCAACCUGAGGGACAUCUACUCCACAGUCAUCGACAUCCACAGCUUGCGGACUAAGGAGAACACGCCGCUCAAUGGCUUUGUGAAUUAUGUGCAGUCCAAAGGGGUGGAAGGGAACCCUAGUGCUGCGUAUACCGCCACCCUGCUGGACAAAGGAACCUGGCCCUCAGGGGGCUCGCCGGAUGAGGGCAGUCGGGGCCCCUCCAGAUGCCACUCCCUGACCAGGUCAAGGGUCUCGUCACUCGAGAGGCAGACGUUCACCGACACAGUCUACACUAUCUCCAGACACAGCGGGGCCGGCCAGCAGAGCAGCCCUAUUCCCAUCCCCAAACAGUGGGAGACCAAGACAAUAGUGGCCUCCUCGGUCAACACCUUCACUCUCCCCAUGACCAAACCCAACCACCGGGCCAACCAGCACCAGCGCAGGCCCUCGGCCAAAGCAGAGGCAGGCAGGAGCAGGGCCGCGCUGUGCGACUCUGGGGAGGAAGACGACGAGGCUCGGGUGGGGUGCGUAGUUCCAGAAACCACCACUCAGGCCAAGGUAGAGACUUUGCGGACGGCCAUGUUCUUGCCUCAAGACUCGGUAGAAGUAUACAAGAGCAGUGGUAGCCUCCAGGGGGCACCGCAGGGCUCCCAGGUGCAGCUACUCCCCUCUUCCCCCACUGGACACAGAAUGACAGGCUCCCACCUGUCACUCAGCGCACUGACGGAAUACUCCAGGUCCAUCGACCUGGGCGUCACUCCAUCCACCCCCACUGAUUGGAAAGUGGAACGUUCUCGGCGACUCAGCUGCCCUCGCCUAGAAGUACUGGGAGGCGGUGGGUACAUCAAACUGGGCAACCUAGGGGGGGAGUCAUUUGAGUCAAGGGAGUCAUGUGAGAUGACUGCCUUCAGCCAAGUGACCUCAGAGGAGGCUCUGGCUAAGUGUCAGAGGGAAGGAGGAGAAGCCAAUGAACAGGAGAUCAGUUCCGGGGAACCACAGGACAGGGGCUCAAGGCGAUACUCAAACAAAGAUAAACUUUUUAUGAUCUCUCAGUCAGACUCCGUUUUGGAUGAUGAGGUGGAGAGCACAGACAUAUGAUUGGACGAUUGCUGAUUAGAUAAUUCCUGAUUGGCGGAUUACUGAAUGGUGUAAUGAGUUUACUUGAACAAAAUGAACACGAGAUAACUGGCAGGGUGUUGGUCAAAGACACCUGACAACAGGCUCAAGCAAUUAUGACUAUUACAACAAACUGUAUAGGAUCUGAAAUCUAGAGUAUCUUGCUGGUCAUUGCAAAUGCAAUUAUCGAUACGUGACCAAAAAACCGAACAUGGUCUUUGGUGGGCUAUGAAAAGUGAAGACUGUGUGUGAGUAGUAUUUUGUCAAGCGUUUGUUUGUGUAGGUUGGAAGCAUCGCGCCCAACAGAAUGAGUUUCACAACAAAAAGAUAACAUUAACCAAAAAAGGGCCAGUUUUUAAAUGGUGACUGUACAGAUACUGUACCAUCCACUUGAUGUAAUAGUUUAUAUAAUGUGUAGAAAUAUAAUUGUGGCUGUUCCACCCACUGUCACUACUGAUACUGUAGUAGUAUAUUGAUUGAGAGUUGCUGUCUCAACAGCAUGUAUUUUAUAAUGCAAUGUCCUUACACAGUUUUUGUCAGUUGCCAGAGGAAGGUUUGAAUUCAAACUUGAAUAGCAAUACAUAAUUGACCAUCUCUGUUUGCUUGUGGGUAAUCACAGUGUUGGCAUAUUUGCCAGUCUCUUAAAAUUCUCUGAACAAGACAUAUGUUAUUGUUUAGUUUUUUAGAACAGUUUUGACUUGCUUGUUAAGGAAUCUAUAUCUUUGCCAUCGCUAUUGCCUGAGGGAAACUGAGAACCACACACUGACUAGCACAAUUCACAGCACAAUACUUGUAUCUCGGUACAAGUAGCAUAACUACCUUACCACAAGUAACCAUCCGUGUAGAAAACAAAUAUCAAAUCAAUGUUAUCCUGUGCAAAAGCAGCUGGGUUGUUUUUGUAGUUGGUUGUUGUUCAAUGACAAACCUGCAGUAUGUAUUGUAUUCCAAUUGUUGCUGGUUACCAUGGUCAAGUCAAACAUCCCAUGAUCGUCCUAUGGGUCAAUCAGUCUUCAAAUAAACAUACGAAGCUGUCUCAUUAUCUGUACCAUCUGUAAUUAGUGACCUGACAUUCUGUCAAUCAAGUUAUCAACCCAAAGGUGUGAGAAGACAGUCUCCAAAGGAGAGAGAGAGAGAGAGAGAGAGAGAACAUGAAAGAUGGAGCAUGAAAGAGAGUAGAGUGUAGUGAAACCCAUUUGGUGUAGAAUUCUGGUUCUUGGGAGUCGGGAGAGCGAGGUUUCCAUCUGUUUAUGGGGUGAAGGAGCUUAAUAUAGACAGAAAAAAAGGCAGCGUGUAUUCCAUUAUACAAGCAAACUAAUUCCCUGUGUUUUAGUGCCAAUCGUCAAGCUGUCGGCGUCUUAUGUAAACGUGGCCACUCAGUUUUAUGAAUGAUCAUUAUGGAUGGAAUGUAACAUUCCUGUGGAUAGGACACCUAACGUUUCUUCUCUGCCGUCUUUCCAGGGUCUUUGAAGUGUGUGUGCUCUUCGAACAUGUAUUCAUUUACUAUAGUUCAUGGGAAUCCUAGAGCAAUAUAAAUUCAACCCUGAAACGGAUUAUACACACUGAACCCAUUUAUGCUGCCAAAUUCUGACUUGACUUUUCUCCUUUUCUUUUACCUGUCUGACCUUUCUCUCAGCCAGCCAAGGCAGAUGUGUGAAGGCUUUUUCUCUCUCCGCUCUCGCUCUAUGGCCUGCAGUGAGCUCUGAAUCUUUCAACAUCUCUUUUAAACCCUCCGCCUCUAACUCACAUAUCACAGAACUCUUCCUUAUUCUCAAUGUCAUAGCAUCACCUAUUCCCUUAUGGUUCAGUUUAAACUGGGUUUCUCAUCAAUGUUUAAUUACUACUUCUAAUUAACAGUGGAAAUGCUCAGUUGUCUUCCAACGGCAGGUGAUAUGUACUUGGUAUAGUCAGUCUCCUGUUCCUCUCUUCAGGUGAUUUGUACUUGGUAUAGUCAGUCUCCUGUUCCUCUCUUCAGGUGAUGUGUACUUGGUGUAGUCAGUCUCCUGUUCCUCUCUUCAGGUGAUAUGUACUUGGUAUAGUCAGUCUCCUGUUCCUCUCUUCAGGUGAUAUGUACUUGGUAUAGUCAGUCUCCUGUUCCUCUCUUCAGGUGAUAUGUACUUGGUGUAGUCAGUCUCCUGUUCCUCUCUUCAGGUGAUUUGUACUUGGUGUAGUCAGUUUCCUGUUCCUCUCUUCAGGUGAUAUGUACUUGGUGUAGUCAGUCUCCUGUUCCUCUCUUCAGGUGAUAUGUACUCGGUAUAGUCAGUCUCCUGUUCCUCUCUUCAGGUGAUAUGUACUUGGUGUAGUCAGUCUCCUGUUCCUCUCUUCAGGUGAUUUGUACUUGGUGUAGUCAGUCUCCUGUUCCUCUCUUCAGGUGAUAUGUACUUGGUAUAGUCAGUCUCCUGUUCCUCUCUUCAGGUGAUAUGUACUUGGUAUAGUCAGUCUCCUGUUCCUCUCUUCAGGUGAUAUGUACUUGGUAUAGUCAGUCUCCUGUUCCUCUCUUCAGGUGAUAUGUACUUGGUAUAGUCAGUCUCCUGUUCCUCUCUUCAGGUGAUUUGUACUUGGUGUAGUCAGUCUCCUGUUCCUCUCUUCAGGUGAUUUGUACUUGGUGUAGUCAGUCUCCUGUUCCUCUCUUCAGGUGAUAUGUACUUGGUGUAGUCAGUCUCCUGUUCCUCUCUUCAGGUGAUAUGUACUUGGUAUAGUCAGUCUCCUGUUCCUCUCUUCAGGUGAUAUGUACUUGGUGUAGUCAGUCUCCUGUUCCUCUCUUCAGGUGAUAUGUACUUGGUAUAGUCAGUCUCCUGUUCCUCUCUUCAGGUGAUAUGUACUUGGUAUAGUCAGUCUCCUGUUCCUCUCUUCAGGUGAUAUGUACUUGGUAUAGUCAGUCUCCUGUUCCUCUCUUCAGGUGAUAUGUACUUGGUAUAGUCAGUCUCCUGUUCCUCUCUUCAGGUGAUAUGUACUUGGUAUAGUCAGUCUCCUGUUCCUCUCUUCAGGUGAUUUGUACUUGGUGUAGUCAGUCUCCUGUUCCUCUCUUCAGGUGAUAUGUACUUGGUAUAGUCAGUCUCCUGUUCCUCUCUUCAGGUGAUAUGUACUUGGUGUAAUCAGUCUCCUGUUCCUCUCUUCAGGUGAUAUGUACUUGGUGUAGUCAGUCUCCUGUUCCUCUCUUCAGGUGAUAUGUACUUGGUGUAGUCAGUCUCCUGUGCCUCUCUUCAGGUGACGGCUUUCCUCUAGUCUUCCCUUCGAGUUUUUCAGCUGACGUGGCGAUUCUUUGCUCAUUAAGAUAAUGAGCUGUGAGUCCUCUUGACGAUUGUUUUUAAAGUGAGCCUACUUACAACUUCUCAGUGAUGUCUAGCAUUAAUACCAAUUUGAAGACCAAAUGCCAUAGAGUGUAGACCGAUGGCAUAUAGGCUUCCUCACAUGGAAGAGAAAUACAUUCCUCAUGUUACAUUUUUAUCUCAACCGUAGGCUUAUUGCCACCCCUUUUCAACAUCCUUUCCCUGGCCCCGUCUAUGUUCAGAUAAGAUAUACAAACAAAAGUACUUCAUCUUAAUGUUCACCAAGGUAUACAGGGACAGCACACAAGUAAUCCUUACUAUAUUGUAUUCAUUAAACCUACUAUUCCGGAUUUGUAAUACAUUUCCUUCGAGAAUCUCUACAUCUGAAUUUAUUUGACACUGAUAAAAGUGGCACAUCUAUCCCACGUUCAGCUCGUCUCAGUAAAUUUGACGUGAUGCAAUGAGAGUAUCGACAGUCACAUUGUCUUACAUCCCGUCUCUUCAGGAACAUCUGAUCUAAAUGACAGAUCGUCUGACAUGCCACUGACAUGCCAAAUCAAGUUCACUGCACUUGUUGUAAAUUACAUUGAGGAUCUGCUUGGACCAUCAAAAUGUUAUAGACAUUUUAUCAUCAUAGCAGCCUGGAUUCCUCAUGUUGACAGUAUUAGGAAAGCCUGGUAAACAUUUGCAUUCAACUAUUUAGUGUCAGUGACUCAGAGGAAAUCAAGUCUGAAUAAAUGAGGAAGCAUGAAUAUAUUACAGUAUGAUCACAUGACUUACUGUAAGGUAGGCUCUGAGCCCCAGAUAUGGGUCUGAUUGGGUAUGUAUCCCUGUUUUCCAGUGGUAGGCCCGCCUGUCAUAAGACAACUUUAAUAACAGCAGAACGGUUCACUAAGUGGGCAUUUCCACCUGAGAUUUCCACCCACACCAGUGUGUUGUUAGUGUUUAUGUUAAUAGAAUAUUUUUUUUCGGGGAACUGUGUUACCAUCAGGAAUGUGACACUUAAGACUUCGGGCGAGUAGAAUCAACAACCUAUGCAUCAUCAGAACAGUCGCUUAGUGAGAAAGUGUUAACCGUGGAAGGAGUUAGCCCAUGUUCACCUUUAAAAGGAAAAGGGGUUAGAUGCAGAGUGAUGUUUCUGCUAAGACCGGAGUUGGAUUAUGUAACGACAGAUGCCGUUUAUAUAACACGCCCAAACAUCUAGCAGCAUCUCUCUGUACCGCUCUCUCUCCCUGUCACCAUCACUUGCGCAUCAGUGCAGCGCAACAGCUCGUAGGUCUGUCCAAGCACAGCUUACAGCUUCCAUUUUCGGAGGUGAAAAAGCCGUUCAGCAUCGCACACAUUAACUUGAAUAACAAACAGUGAGCCGGGGCGCCCCCUCCCCCCAGGUCCACAAAUAAGAUAUAUGACUCCUCGUCUUAGUCAUACCCAGCUCCAUUACUGUAUAACCCAUAUCAAUGUGACAAGGUGUGCGCACAGAAUGACAUGUGGACAUCUAAUGAUGUGAGUCACAUGUGGCCUAGUAAUUGGGAGGUAAAGCAUGACAUUUUGAGAUCACCUCAUGACCAUGCAUUGGCUGCUGUAUCAAAUGGCUGUGUAGGCUCCGAUAAAUACACAAUGCCGUCUUUUUGCACCAUCUAGUGGUAUGUUAAAUAUAUAUAUGAUUUUUUUCAUGCAGCGCUUUAAGUGGGCCUACUAUAUAUUCCCAAGCUGCUGUCAUCUUUACCUUUACAGCGCUCAUGGAUAAUAGUAUUUGUGUGUGUGUGUGUGUGUGCGCGCAAUGAUAAUUUUACUUUCAUUUGCAUGUGUUUGAUGCAUUCAUACUUUUCCAGCCAUUAAAGUGAGCCCAUCCUCCCCAGUCAAAGACAGUAAAUUGAAUUAUUUUCAUUGAUGUGAACUACAAAUAAAAAACAAAAAAGUUG